AUGGCAACCAACAGCGGACGCGGCAAUCCCAUUGGGUCUACCAAGGGCCCCGACGACGGGACACCUCCUCCUCUGUCCCAGGACACCAAAUCCGCCGUUCAAGACACCACAUCCACAGGCAACCCUGGCACGCAUGCUGCUGGUCAGGAUGCUGGCGCCGCCGAGGCUCCAGCCAAGGUGAAAACCGCUAAAGAGUUGGAAAAGGAACGGAAAAAGGCUGAGAAGCAGGCCAAGUUUGAGCAAAAGAAGGCGGCGGCGGCAACCAAAUCAGCACCGGCAGCGGGGGCUGACAAGCCAAAGAAGGAAAAGGCCAAGAAGGCUGAGGAGCCCGCUCUCCCGCCGUACGUGAAUGACACGCCCCCCGGCGAGAAGAAGCGUCUCCGGCCCUUGACGGACCCUCACUACACAGCAUACAACCCCGUGGCCGUUGAAUCGGCAUGGUACGACUGGUGGGAGAAGGAAGGCUUCUUCAAGCCCGAGUUCACCAAGGAUGGAAACGUCAAGGAUGAAGGCAGCUUUGUCAUUGUCCACCCCCCUCCAAACGUUACCGGAGCGCUACACAUGGGACACGCACUUGGAGACAGUUUGCAGGAUUUGAUGAUCAGAUAUGAGAGGAUGCGUGGCAAGACAACCCUUUGGUUGCCUGGCUGCGACCAUGCCGGUAUCGCAACCCAAACUGUCGUCGAGAAGAUGCUGUGGAAGAGGGAGCAAAAGACACGCCAUGAUCUGGGGCGUCAAGCCUUCAUCGGCAAAGUGUGGGAGUGGAAGGGAGAGUACCACGAGAAGAUCAACAACGCCCUUCGCAAGAUGGGCGGAAGCUUCGACUGGUCAAGGGAAGCUUUCACCAUGGACGAGAACUCUAGUGCCGCUGUGAUGGAGGCCUUUGUUCGACUGCACGAGGAAGGCGUCAUUUACAGGGCCAACAGGCUGGUGAACUGGUGCACCCAGCUCAACACCGCGAUUUCCAACCUUGAGGUCGAGAACAAGGAAAUUGCCGGCAGGACGCUGCUGGAUGUUCCCGGAUAUUCGAAGAAGGUCGAGUUUGGUGUGAUCGUCUCCUUCAAAUACCCGCUGGAGGGCUCCGACGAGACCAUCACUGUGGCCACUACUCGUAUCGAGACCAUGCUUGGAGACACAGGUAUUGCGGUUCACCCUGAUGACGAGAGGUACAAGCACCUCGUCGGCAAGAAUGCUGUGCAUCCGUUUAUCCCCGGCCGCAAGCUCCCAAUUGUGGCCGACAAGUCCGUGGAAAUGGACUUUGGUACUGGUGCCGUGAAGCUUACGCCUGCUCAUGACCCUAACGAUUUUGCCAUGGGCCAAACCCACAAUCUGGAGUUUAUCAACAUUCUCACUGACGACGGCUUGAUGAAUGAGAACGCCGGUGCUUACAAGGGCCAGAAACGGUUCGACGUGCGAUACACCAUCCAGGAUGAUCUUAAGAAGGCCGGCCUGUACGUGGACAAGAAGGACAACCCCAUGAGUCUUCCCAUGUGCGAGAGGAGCAAAGAUAUUAUUGAGCCGAUAAUGAAGCCUCAAUGGUGGAUGCGCAUGCGCGAGAUGGCCGAUGCGGCGAUCGGCGCAGUAGAGGACGGCUCGAUCAAGAUCAAGCCGCAAUCAUCAGAGAAGAGCUUCAAGCACUGGAUGAGGAAUAUCCAAGAUUGGUGUAUCUCUCGUCAGCUCUGGUGGGGUCACCAAUGCCCUGUCUACUUUGCUGAGAUUGAGGGUGACGAGAACGACCGAGGCGCAAACAGCCGUUGGUUUGCCGGAAAGACGGAACAAGAAGCCGAAGAGAAGGCCAAGAAGGCCUUGGGCGACAAGAAAUUCAAGCUGGUCAGAGACGAGGAUGUUCUCGAUACUUGGUUCAGCUCGGGUCUCUGGCCCUUUUCCACGCUAGGCUGGCCCAACACUUCGGCGGAGGAUCUGCAAAAGUUGUACCCCACCAGCACGCUGGAAACCGGUUGGGAUAUCUUGACCUUCUGGAUCGCCAGGAUGAUUAUGUUGGGCAUGAAGUUGACAGGCAAGGUGCCUUUCAACGAGGUGUACUGCCAUUCCCUCGUCCGAGACAGCGAUGGCAGGAAGAUGUCCAAGUCACUGGGUAACGUCAUCGACCCGUUGGACGUCAUCAAGGGUAUUAAGCUGGAAGACCUGCACGCCAAACUCCUUGUCGGCAAUCUUGCAUCCGGCGAGGUAGAAAAGGCAACAAAGUACCAGAAGCAGGCUUUCCCUCAGGGUAUUCCCGAGUGUGGAGCCGAUGCACUCCGCUUCUGCAUGAUCAACUACACCACCAGCGGUGGCGACAUCAACUUCGACAUCAAGGUUAUGCAUGCCUUCCGCCGUUUCUCUAACAAAAUCUGGCAAGCUUCCAAGUAUGUGCUCGGUAAGCUUGAGAACUACCCCGACUUUGUACCACGCGAGAAACGCACACUUGGUGGGAGCGAAUCCCUUGCCGAACAAUGGAUCCUCCACAAGAUGAACCAGGCCACCAAGGGCAUCAAUGAGGCGUUGCAAGAGCGCGAGUUCAUGAAGUCCAGCCAGCUCGUGUAUGCAUACUGGUACAACCAGCUUUGUGAUGUCUUUAUUGAGAACUCCAAGGCUUUGUUGCAAGAUGGCUCGGCCGCCGAGCAGGAGUCCGCCAUGCAGACUCUGUACACAGCUCUCGAGUCGGCUCUGCUUCUAAUUCACCCCUUCAUGCCAUUCGUCACGGAGGAGCUGUGGCAGCGUCUGCCCCGUCGCAAGGGCGACACCACACCGUCUCUCGUCGUUGCUUCUUACCCGCAGUACGACGAGGCACUGGACAACACAUCUGCCGAAACCGCGUACGAGCUUGUGCUUGACUGCUCCAGGGGUAUCCGAUCUCUCAUGGCAGAGUAUGCAUUGAAGGACGAGGCUCAGGUCUUCAUCCAAUGCUACGACGAUGCAUCUGUUGCCACCGCUCGCAAGGAGCUGCAGUCCAUCAAGUCUCUGUCAGGCAAGGGUGUUACCGCCAUCGAGGUCCUUGAAGCCAGCGCCAACCGACCGGCCGGCUGUGUCGUGUUCCCUUGUGGCGCGACGGCCGCCGUCUUCCUGCACGUCAAGGGCCGUGUCGACAUCGAUGCCGAGAUCUCCAAGGCGCAGAAGAAGCUUGACAAGGCCUCGAGUCAGAUUGAGCGUCAAAAGAAGGUGCUGAACGACCCCAAGUACCAGGAGAAGGCGACAGCAGAGCUGCAGGAGGCAGACAAGAAGAAGCUGGCAGAUAUGGAGAGCGAAGCGGAGGGAUUCAAAGCCACAAUCAAGCAGUUUGAGGAUUUGAAGUUGGAGUGA